AGGCCCGGGUGUGUGUCUGUGCUUGUGAGCGGACGAGACGGACAGAAGUCGGUGGAGAAAAAGGCUGAAGGAUUGGAAAUGGAGUCCUGUGUUGUAUGGCUGGAAUAGGCUUUGAGGGUGCGAUUGGUUUCAUGGGAAGUGUUUGGACGCUGGGUCAGAUGCUGUUCACAGUAGUCCCGGCAGUGCUUUCCUGUUUUCUGGUCCCACUGAGUUAGUUGAGACUUCUCCCCUGGAGCCCCUGUGCCGAGAAUCUGAUGUUGGGCUCGGCUACCUGGCUGAACGCAGCAGAUCAGCCCAUGAAAACUUCUAUUCCUAGCCAAAGGCAGGAGUCCAGCAAAAGGCAGCACCUAUUCUUUCAGGCUUGGACGCAAGAAAGAGGACAGGAGUUGGAGAGUGUGGAAUCUGAGAAGACAACUGAAAGGUGACAUUUAAGUUGAAGAUGGGUGGUGGAGAAAGGUUCAACAUUCCAGUUCCACAGGCUAGAAAUACCACCAAGAACCAUCAACAACUUAAAAACAGACAGAAGAGCAAAGAUCAGAACUCUCAGAUGAAGAUGACCUAUAUGAAGAAGGAAAGAGGACAUGGAUGCAACUCAUCUGCUGCAUGGCAGGCCAUGCAGAAAGGGGGAAAGAACAAUGUUCACUUCCCCAGUAAUCAAAAUUGGAGUCCUAAUUUGUCAAGUCCCAACUUGUUUUUCACACCUCAAACCAAUCAGAACUAUGCUGGAGCAAAAUUUAGUGAGCCACCCUCACCAAGUGUUCUUCCUAAGCCACCAAGCCACUGGGUACCUGUUUCUUUUAAACCUUCUGAUAAAGAAAUAAUGACAUUUCAGCUUAAAACAUUACUUAAAGUCCAGGCUUGAGAUGUAACUUUCCAUAUUUUUAGUUAUUUAAAUUUACAGGGUUUCAAAUUUGAGACAGACAUUUAUAACUCCAGGUGUACAGGUACAUGGAACUAGUUGUUUUUGUUGCAUGUAGUUGGUCAGCUGGAAGGGGGACGGGGAUAGUUUACCUCCCUCUCCCCCCCCCCCCCCCCCUCCACAC